AUGGGGAUUGUACAAACAUCGAAAAGCGAAACAAAACCACAGCUGGACUGGUUACUGGUGGACAAUACGCCAGUGACGUCAAUAGCGGGUCUUCGGCGGGUGUUGACUAAUGGUUCGCUCGAGUUCCCCCCAUUUCCGGCUAACCACUUCCGGCGUGACGUCCAUACCGCCACGUACCGGUGUCGGUUAAGGUUGAAGAGCGGCUUCGCUGUUCUAUCAAAAAACAUUCACGUGCACGCGGUGGUAAAUGCGCCAUGGGAGGUGCAUGUAUCAGAUGAGUACGUGAUGUCGGGCAACGCGGCUGUUCUCCGCUGCGUGGUACCCCCACAUUGCGCCGAACGCGUCGCCGCGACUGAGUGGUUCGCGGAUGACGACACCAGUGUGUUCCCUUACUUAGGUCCAAAUUAUGAGCGUCUAGAUGAUGGCUCACUGUAUAUAGCUGCGGUCAGCCCAGAUGAUCGCUACACCGUAUUCCGGUGUAGGGUACGGGAUAGAGUUACUGAUCACACCUACACUAGUAAAUAUUAUGGUCACGUUAUAGUAACAGAACCAAAGGGGCAAGUACGCCCGCGAGCAGCAGUUGAAAUGCGCUCGCGACGAGUGCAAGUGGGGCAUGAUGUGCGGAUACCCUGCGCUGCGCAUGCGUGGCCAGUUCCUACUUUUAGAUGGUUCCGAGAGCACCAUGAACAAUUAAUACCUAUAGAAAAGUCAGGGCUAUGGCCCAGAACGAGGACAUUAGGUGGCCUGCUGCAUAUCAAGUCCGUGCAAAAAGAAGAUGGAGGCAGAUUCGUCUGUUGGCUGAACAAUACUGCUGGAACAGAGUCUGUGCACUUCACACUACUUGUUACAGAACCUAUAUCCGUCCGAAUAAGACCCGAUACAAUAAGACCGAAAUUAAACGCUGACAUAAGCAUGGAUUGUAAAAUCUCUGGACAUCCCAUUGAAGUCGUUUAUUGGAUACACGAUGGCAAAACCGUGAAGGACACAGACAGAAUCUGGGUAUCGGAAGACAGACUAAGAUUACAUAUCAAAAACACACAAAUAAACGACCAAGGAAUCUACCAAUGUUUCGCGAGUAAUACCAGAGAUCAAGCAUACGGCAUUGCGGAGGUUUUAAUAGAUGUGUCGGAGAACAAUCGCGGUGUCGGAAAUCGGUCCCGUCGAGCGCCAUACGCCCGCAGCACACACACACACGACGCCGACUGGAACUUCACGGGAAAUAGAGAAUCAAAACCAGAACUAGUUUACUGGUUCUCCGAACAGACCCUACAACCUGGUCCAAGCGUGUCCCUUAAGUGUGUGGCGAUGGGCCACCCACCACCUCAAUUCACCUGGACACUGGACGGGUUUCCUAUACCCACUAACUCUCGGUUCGUCGUAGGUCAACACGUGACGCUACAAGACGACGUAGUUAGCCAUCUCAACGUCAGCCGUGUGACAGAACAAGAUGGCGGCGAGUACGCGUGUGUUGCCGCCAACACGGCGGGAAAAGCAAGUCACGCCGCCCGAGUUAACGUCUAUGGUUUGCCCUAUAUUCGUGAGAUGCCGAAAGUGACAGCUGUCGCUGGCAGUGAUUUGAAUAUCAAAUGUCCUGUUGCUGGAUAUCCAAUUGAAGCGAUCACAUGGGAAAGAGAUGGCCAAACAUUGCCAUUGAAUCGCCGUCAGAAAGUCUUUCCGAACGGUACAUUAAUCGUCGAACAGACCCAGCGGGGCGAGGACGCCGGUACCUACACCUGUCAAGCCUCUAACAGACAACGUCAUGUUGCCAGACGGGAUGUGGAAGUUCAAAUAUUGGUUCAGCCAAAGAUAUUGCCCAUACAGCCUUUGACAAAUUUACUGAGGGAGGGAAUGCGGGCCGCUAUCUCAUGUCAGAUACUAGAGGGUGAUUUGCCGAUUGCCUUCCGGUGGGAGAAAAACGGGCAGGCGGUGACGUCAUCGCCGUACGCGCCUAGCGGGAUUAUUACUAGGCGAAUGGACGAGUACAGCGCCUCUCUUGUGAUUGAACACAUAACGUCCCUUCAUAGCGGGAAUUACACAUGCAUCGCUUCUAAUGUCGCCGGCUCCGAGCGGUUCACUGUGCCGCUAACUGUUAAUGUUCCACCUCGCUGGAGGCUUGAGCCAAAUGACAUAGCGGUAGCAUCAGGUCAAGAUGUCACUCUACAAUGCCAAGCAGAUGGAUAUCCGAGACCCAUUAUUACAUGGAAGAAAGCUGUUGGUAAUACACCGGGGGAAUACAAGGACUUCAUGUUUGAAGGCAGCUCGAGGGUUCUUGAGAAUGGUUCGCUGGUCUUCGAACGAGUGGCCAAAGACAGUGAGGGGCAUUACCUUUGUGAAGCGAGAAACGACAUCGGAGCUGGGCUUAGCAAACUCAUAUUUCUCAAAGUUAAUGCCCCAGCCCGUUUCCCAAUGAAGAGUAAGACGGUCCAGGUGACAGCCGGAGAAGCUGCUCACCUGCAAUGCGCUGCUUCGGGAGACGCACCCCUUGAGCUCACAUGGCGAAGCCCUCAUCAUCACACAAUCGCCCACCAUUUGGAUCAAAGAUACACAAUACGUGAACAAGUCUUGGACGAUGGACUAGUGUCGGAGCUGAGUAUAUUACAGACAUACAGACAAGACACCGGUGCCCUCACUUGUCGAGCAUCUAAUGCGUACGGGCAGGACGAAAUGCUCAUACACCUAGUCGUACAAGAGGUACCAGAAAUGCCAAAGAACAUAAGGAUAAUAGACCAACAGUCAAGGUCCAUACAAAUAUCGUGGACGCAGCCAUAUGCCGGCAACAGUCCUAUUAUAAACUACAUUCUACAAUAUAAAGAAGCUCCAGAACCCUGGCCCACGACGCCUCAAAAAGUAAUAGUACCCGGUAGCGUGACGUCAGCAAGUGUACAAAAUCUUCAACCAGCCACCUCCUACCACUUAAGGAUUAUCGCUGAGAAUCGCCUGGGCCAGAGCGAACCAAGUCUAUUGGUACAAGUGACUACUACAGAAGAAGUUCCCAGCGGUUCACCUAUAGAUGUCCGCGUGGAGGCAAAAAGCUCUACGGAACUAAUCGUCACGUGGGAUCCACCCCAAAAGGACUUGUGGAAUGGGAACAUUCUUGGAUAUUACGUGGGAUUUCAAGAGCUCAAUAACAACAGUACAAUACUGAGCGCGAGUGGGCCGGGCGGAGCGUCGUACACAGUUCGUACUGUUGAAGGCACGGGCAGUGCACGAGCUCGUACCACGUUAUCCGGUCUUCAGAAGCACACGCCGUACGCUGUUGUGGUACAGGCGUAUAAUAGUAGAGGGGCGGGGCCCGCCUCGCCCCCAACCACUGCUACUACUAUGGAAGACGUACCAAGUCUACCCCCCGGCUCACUAACGUGUUCCGCUCUGAGCUCUCAGUCCGUACGAGUGAAUUGGGAGCCUCCGCCGAUGCGAGGGCGGAAUGGAGUGUUACAGGGUUUUAGGGUGACAUAUGCGCCUGUCACCGAUUGGUAUGGGAGCGAAGAUGCUGUAACAAAGCAGAUAUCAGGCCUGCACACAACACUGUCAGGGUUGCGUCGCUAUACGAACUAUUCCGUUACUGUGUGUGCGUUUACUGCAGCAGGGGAUGGUGUGAGAGCCGCCCCUGUUUACUGCCAUACUGAGGAAGAUGUGCCAUCAGCGCCAGCCGAUAUAAAAGCCGCAGUGUCAUCGAGGAACAAGAUUCUCGUGUCAUGGCUUCCACCCGCUUCACCCAAUGGCGUACUUGUGGGCUACACUCUGUAUAUGAGUGUUAUUGAAGACGGGAGAGAAGAGGGUACCCACAAACGCAUGUUAUCUCCAAGUACCCUCACACAUGAGACGUCUCGAUCCCCAUCUCGAGCCACGCAUCAGUUCUGGGUCUCCGCUUCCACGAGACUUGGGGAAGGAGACACGACUAGGGUCGUCACUGUGCUGCCCUCUGACUCUGUGCCAGCGCGAAUAACAUCGUUCAGCCGUAGUAUCGUAACACCGUGGAAGGAGAACAUUUCCCUGUCAUGCAAUAAAGUGGGUAUUCCCACACCUUCAACCACUUGGAGUAUGAACGGCGCCAUAUUGGAAUCUACUUUACGCAAGAAUGUUACAAGUGACGGGACACUUAUUAUAAGCAUGACCCAAUACGCGGACAGCGGUAACUACACAUGCCUGGUAGAGAACCAACAUGGCCACGAUGACGUCACCUACAUAGUGGAGGUGAAAGUCCCCCCGCAGCCUCCAGUGCUAGCUGUGGUGGACUCCUAUGCAGACUCCCUACAUCUUCAGUGGAGCGACCAGGGCGACGGGGGCAGUCCUAUUUUAGGAUACGUAAUAAAUUACAAACGGGAACACGGCGAUUGGGAGGAGCUUCAAGUGGAAGCUGGUACUUCGGAACACGUCCUUCCAAACCUCUGGUGCGGCACUCGGUACCAGCUUUACAUUACCGCCUUUAAUCGCAUCGGGACUGGUCUGCCGUGCGAUAUCGUACAUGCUUAUACUAAGGGCACCGUUCCAGUAAAGCCCAAGCAUUCACAAAUGAUAACAUUGAAUACCACAACUGUAACGGUAUGGCUCGACUCUUGGGGAGAUGGCGGUUGUGGGAUACUGUACUUUGUCAUAGAGUACAGAGAAGUCAGCCAAACUCAGUGGCGCUUAGUAUCGAACAGCGUGCAAGCAACAGAGCGGGUGUUCAGCGUGACCGGACUCUCUCCAGCUACGCAUUACCAACUUCGGAUAACAGCUCAUAACAACGCCGGACACGCCCUCGCUCUUUACAACUUUACCACUCACUCACUCAGCGGUAUGUUGGAAGGAGAGAUAUCUCCAGCGGUACCGGCUGCAGGAGCGAGGUCUUUGGGAGGUGCUAGAGUCAUACUGCCUGCAGCGCUAUCUCUUCUAGUCUUGGCUGCCCUCAUUGCAAUUGUGCUACUUGUUAGAAGAAAUAAGACGAGUGGUACAGAGACAGCAGUGACAGAGAGCGGAGCAGGCGAAUCGCCGUCUGUCGCGCAGCUUCAGAACAAAGUCAAUCGCGACCAGCAGUAUUUGGCUGCGCGGGCGCAUCUUCCAAACCCAACCCAUCACUAUAAACACGCAUCUAAUGAAUACAUAGAAGACAUCUGCCCAUACGCAACAUUCCAGUUGACCAAACCGAGUGCGUAUAGCGAGAGCAGCUACAGCGGCAACGUCUACAGCGGCCCUUACCACUCCGUGAGGGGCUCCUUUGUCUACCACGAUGUUAAAAAGAAUGAUAAAUAUAAGGGAAAAGAACCAGAAUACACGAAAGUGAGAAGAAAAGGGAACAGACUCCGUGACCCGCUGUCCGAGAGCCAAGAGUCGGACAACUUGGGGUCGACGGAUUCGGAGGUGAAGAAGAUACUAACGCUGCACCUGCCCAUUACAGAGUACGAGGAUGAUGUCAGCGACGACGCGAGCGCCCCGCACUCGGACAGCGAACGCGCCGCGCCGCUCAGGCCUGCGCCGCCACCCACAUAUCCGACAGUUGAGCGUGGAGAGUCAUCGUCGUCAUCAGAGAACUCGGUGGCGGGCGUGGUCCGGAAGGCGUUUCCCUCGCGAAAGGGAAAGGCUGGUGUUGGCAAACGGCACGUGAGGUCUUCCAGCGGUUACAGCAGCCACAACGACGAGACCACCUUUAGGUUACUGUCCAAAACACCGACACAUGAUGUUCGUUUAUCAUUUCAUAUUAUAGCACCAUUUAGUUCGGUUACGCUUUAG